AUAUAAAGAUGUUAUUCUUGGAAAAAAAAGAUUUUAUCUAAGUAUCAAGCAGGAGUAAGCAGAUUUAGUUAUUUACCUUAGUUAAAAGCUAAAUUUAGCUCAGAAAAAGAGUUCACAAUUUACUUUAAAAAAUUAAAACUAUUAUGGCUAAGAAGGAUAGUUUAAAAUUCUAAAUUUUUUUUUAGUUAAGCACUAUUUUAAAGUUCGUUUCCCAUAUUAUAUUUAUUAGAUUGGAAUUAACUUUUCUAAAUAUUGAUGCUUAUCAUGGUCAGGUCAUUCAUUAAAAACAGUACCUGGUUCAGGCUUGUAUUACAGCUGGGUUCUUAUUCUCAUUUCAAACGUCAAUUCAGGUAUUUACAGCACUCCUAUGUUUGUUUGCAUACUCUACCUAAUUUCUCCCAAUAAAAUUAUUGUAACUUGGAUUUGAUAGGUCAAAAAAUUAAAACACCACCUCCCCUUUCCCCAUCACAUUACAACAUCUCUUAAAGAUUCAGUCUGCCUUUUAAUUGGUUUGGAAAAGGCUGCCUUUUCUGAGCAAACAGGUUAAAUACAACUUGCUCAGAGCAGUAGACUGAGUGGACCAACUCCUGAGCUCUUGGAGCUUAGCAGGUUUUGUCCAAGAUAUCAGAUAACCCAAAGGGAAUUUGGUGGUGAUUCUGCAAUGGGAAUACAAAAUAUCAUCCAGAUUUUUAUUGGGAGUUAUGUGAUCUGCAGCAGAACAUACUACUUAGUGAUUACCAUCCUUUUGCUUCCUUACUAUCCGGUAUUGACUUUCCAAGCACCUGCUGUCAUCCCAAAUCUUCCCUUUAUUAUGGGUUGGAAUGCUCCCACUGAAAUCUGUACUGAGAAAUUUAAGUUGCCACUAGAUCUGAGCCUCUUUUCCUUUGUUGGAAGCACUCUAAAGAAAGCUACAAAUCAGAAUAUUUCUAUGUUUUACACGGACAGGCUAGGUUACUAUCCUUAUAUAAAUGAAAAAACAGGUAAAAUUUAUAAUGGGGGGAUCCCUCAAUUAGUUUCUUUAGAAAAGCAUUUAGUCAAAGCAAAGCAAGACAUUUCCUACUAUAUUCCAGAAGAUAAAUUUGGUUUGGCGGUUAUUGACUGGGAAGAGUGGAGGCCUAAUUGGGUAAGAAACUGGAAACCCAAAAAUAUUUACCAGGAACAGUCUAUUGAGCUGGCUUAUCAACAAAAUAGCAAAUUAAGUCGCACUGAGACCUGGAAAGUUGCCAAAAAAGAUUUUGAAAGGGCAGCAAAGACUUUUAUGGAAGAAACUUUAAAAUUGGGGAAAUCCCUGCGGCCAAAUCACUUAUGGGGCUAUUACCUUUUUCCUGAUUGUCAUAAUUAUAAUUACAAAAACCCCAAAUACAAUGGAAGUUGCUAUGAUAUUGAAAUAAAAAGAAACAAUGAGCUCAAUUGGUUGUGGAAAGAGAGCACUGCACUUUUUCCAUCUAUCUAUUUAUCCACGAAGCUAAAGUAUACUCAGAAGACUCAUUUAUUUGUACGCAGUCGUAUUAAGGAAGCCAUUCGAGUUUCUGAAGUAAUUAGUUUCAAGAAACCUCUUCCAAUUUUUGUAUAUUUACGUCCAGUUUUUACCGAUGCCCCAUCUCAAUAUGUUUCUGAGGCUGAUCUUGUAAAUACCAUUGGAGAAUCUGUUGCCCUGGGUGUCUCUGGAAUAGUAAUGUGGGGGAGCCUCAAUUUUACACAAAGCAUAAAAACAUGCACUGUCUUAGACGAUUACAUAAGGACUACACUGAACCCUUACAUUAUCAAUGUCACUCUUGCAGCCAAAAUGUGUAGCCAAGUCCUUUGCCAAGAGAAAGGAGUUUGCAUUAGAAAAAACUGGAAUUCUAAUGAUUAUCUUCAUCUGAACCCAAAGCGAUUCAGCAUUCAAUAUCGGAAAGACAAAAAAUAUAUCAUUUAUGGAAAGCCCAAACUUCAGGAUCUACAAGAAUUUUCAGAGAAAUUUCAAUGCAACUGCUAUGCAGGCUCCAAAUGUAAAACAGAAAAAACUGUAGAAAAUGUUCAAGAUAUCAAGGUGUGCAUUGCAGAAGAUAUUUGUAUUGAAGCCUAUUUAGAGUCAAACCUGAUUGAUAAUAAAUUCAGGUCCCCAAUCUGGAGACAAAAAGCUAAUCUUACCUUUCAGAACUUUCUUCCCCUGAACUGUCUUGAAAUAGAAGAUCAGCAGAUUUCUACCCCAGCUAGUUAUGGCUCAAGCAAUGGUGAUAGUUCAUACAAUGACAAUAGUAAUACAGAGACUACUAUUAACACAUAUUCUUUUAGAGUGAACUGUUCACUUAAAGGCACCCAUGAAGACACUGAAAAUGGUAUGUCUGAUGCUUCAUAUCGACAGAUACCCGAUUUAUAUAAACUAAAACCUGAAAACAAUUUGAUAGAUACAGUGAUUUAUUCGAAGUCUAAUUCAGUGUUCAUGAACUUUUGCACUUAUGUGCUUUUUUAUUUUCCUACCUGUGGAAUUGUUUUGUCAAUUUUUCUUUUUACAGGCAUGUAAUGCAUGCCAACAGUUUUCUUGAAAUGUGAAUCAAUCUUUGUAAUAGCAUUAUCACAACCAAAAUCAUAUAUAUUUUUAAAUAAUAGAAAGUGAUUUAAAAAUGAAUGCUUUUUUGUAGACUUAAUUAUGACUGAGGCAGAAGUCUUAUCUAUCAACAAAUUAGGACCUAAAAUAUUAUAUUUUAUCUGAAUAUUUGGUCCAAUUAUAGUAAAUUAAAUUUUUUUUACAGAGAAAAUAUUCUUGAAUUUCAAAGUUGAUUUUUUUUCUAAUACAGGUUUAUAUUGCCAAUCUUGUAAAGAGAGCUAAUUUAAAAAAUAUUAUUGCUAUGCUCCAAUAAGGACUUUUAGAAUAUAAGUCUAUAGGGGUUCCACUCCUGCAAAAUGUGACCCAGAAAUGAGAAGAAUCUUGUUCCUAAUUCAGAUAGAGCAAGAAGUUGGUAAGUCAUGAGUGCCGAGUAAGUGCCAAUAGCUUUUGGUAUCUUCAUUUUUUUUUUUUCUGUGUGAAAAUGAAUAUGUGAAUAAAACUAAGUUACUUCCCAUUGUUGUCUUUUAACAAAAUUAUAAUUUGUAAUAAAAU